AACCCCAUCAUGAUUGCCCUAAGAUUUGAUUCCUCUUUUUCCUUCGGGAUCGGACCUAUUUCGGAACUAUGUCGGAACUGUCUGCUUCGGAGAUGCUGGGAUUGGACGGGGGCGUGCGAAGCGAGGCCCUAUAAAGAGGACAUCAAAGCUCUAGGGACGUCCUCCAUCUGCUGACCCACCUUGAUCUCGUCCUACCACUUCGCCUCCUGCAAAUCUCACGACCAUGUCACAAGCGCAGAAGAACCUGUCCGAACUUCCAUAUCGACUUUCUGACGUGGAAUCGGGAGGAAAAUCCCCAUCGCAAGGAGCAGAUGGUAGCCGGCCUGCCGUUUUUCGGAAUGGGCUCCACGAAGCACAAUUCAUUGCUUGCAUCGCCGCAUCCCAACUCCUUACAGUAGGGGCGCUGGGGAACACGACCUUUACACUGAACCAGAUCGCUGCUGGAGUCGGCACAUCUGAUGUUGCUUCUCUCGCCUGGUUCAUGGCCGCAUUCUCACUGACAGGAGGAGCACUGGUCUUGAUCGCCGGCCGGAUCGGUGACAUGCUCGGCCACAAGCAGGUGUACAUCGCUGGCUGGCUAUGGAUGGCAUUAUGGACAUUCAUUUGCGGCGCGUCCAAGUCUGAAAGCAUGUUCAUCACAUCGCGUGCAAUGGCGGGCAUCGGAGCGGCCGCUUUGGGUCCAAGUUCAAUGGCCCUCCUCGGGAUCACGUACGGCAUCUCGCCGCGCAAGAACAUUGCCUUUGCAAUUCUGGGUUUCCUUGCGCCGUGUGGAUACCUCUUCGGCGGCGUUGUUGGCGCCAUCUUCGCAACGUACACCACCUGGAGGUGGACCUUCUAUGUAUGGGGGUUCAUGUGCCUCGCGGUCGCCGGAUCUACAUUUUUCAACGUUCCAGCCGAGUCGAGCCGGGGAGACCCGUCGGAUAGAGAUUUCGACUGGGCCGGCGCGAUCCUCGGCCUCACUUGCCUCAUCUUGAUCUCUUAUGCUAUCAAUGACGCACCCGCAAAAGGUUGGGACACGCCGUAUAUUUACAUUCUUCUCAUCAUGGGCGUCCUAUCGGGUGCGCUCUUUGUGUACGCGGAAAGCAAGGCGUCGAAGCCGAUCUUGCCUAUGAAGAUCUGGAAGGCAUCGGGUUUCACUCCCAUCAUCAUCUGCAUGUGCUUCGGCUGGGCUAGUUUCAGUAUCUUUCUCUGGUACACUACAACUUUUUUGCUCAACUUUCGCAAUCUGACGCCGCUGACCGUUGCAGCCGAGCUUGUGCCACUUAUGAUUGGUGGGGCCGUCGCUACUUUCUGCGUUGGUGCAUUUCUGCCUCGCGUCCCGGCCCAAUAUGUAUUUGGGGUAUCGAUGACCGCCUUUUUCAUCGGGUGCUUCGGGAUGAUCUUCGUUCCUAUUGAACAGUCUUACUGGGCAGCCGUCUUCAUCUUGCUAUGCCUUGUUGUCUUCGGCCCGGAUCUCAGUUUUGCUAGCGCUUCGAUUAUGGCUUCGAACGCUGUUGCACCGGAACUUCAAGGAGUUGCAGGGAGCAUGGUUUCAACCGCCGUUUUGUACUCGCUAAGCAUCGGAGUUGGACUGGCGGCAACAGUGGAAGUUCAAGUUGGCGACUAUCACGGGCCUAAUCCCGAUCGACUCCGGGGAUACCGAGGCGCUUUCAUUCUCGGAGCGGCCCUGGCAGCCGUUGCCAUGCUUGUCGCCGUCUUUUUUGUGCGCGAUACUCGAUUUAAGCGCUGAUGUCUUUUAGAUCAUAGAAUGUCGCCGUCUUUUUUGUGCGCGAUACUCGAUUUAAGCGCUGAUGUCUUUUAGAUCAUAGAAUGUAGACAUCUAUACGCCCAUGCGCAAGUGAUGGCCAUGGACACCUUGAC